AUCUCACAACACUUUUGAAGUUAGAGUCAAAAUCGAUUUUUUUCCAUAGGUUACAAACCCUAGCACAUGGUCCAAAUUUUAAAGUUCUGGGGGGAGGAAACCAAAUUGAAUCUUCCACAAGAUAAACAAACACAGUAGCCCAAAAAAAUUUCGCGGUUCCCUAAAAGCUUGGGCACAGUGCGGAAAUGCAUUUCAGUUCUAUAUCUUAAAAAGUGGCGGGAAAUCAUUCAUCGUCCCAAGCAUUUCUUUUCAAAAUUCCUUUUCACUCUCAAUUUUUUCCCGCCGGAACACAUGAAUCUCUACAACAAAUAACUCUCCCCAAUCCGGUAAUGCCAGUCCUUCGCAUCUCUAGCGUCUCCCCAUUUGUUCAACUCAACACUUAUACCAAUUCCCUCCUUCUGCCGCCUGAAUCAGAACCUGGGUUUUGAAGUUUUUGCUCUCAAAUAUAAUGGGGAGCAAGAAGAGGGCUGCUGCCGAUGAUAACGAACACAGAGCUAAACGGACUAAGUCUCCUGGAGUUCGAGUCGUUGGUGGUCGGAUCUAUGAUUCUGAGAACGGAAAAACUUGUCAUCAAUGCCGACAAAAAACCAUGGAUUUUGCUGCAUCCUGUAUGAACAUGAAAGGGGACAAGCUGUGUACCAUAAAAUUCUGUCACAAGUGCCUCCUAAACAGAUACGGAGAGAAAGCAGAAGAGGUGAUGCUUAAGGAAGACUGGAGUUGUCCCAAGUGCAGGGGUCUUUGCAAUUGCAGUGUUUGCAUGAAGAAAAAAGGUCUUAAACCUACUGGUUUGCUAGUGCAUGCAGCCAAAGCAACUGGGUUUUCUUCUGUCUCGGAGAUGCUUCUUGUGCAUGGUUCUGACUGCUUAGAUCAAUAUAAGAAUACGAUCAGCAAAGUUGCUUCACCAAAAAAGCAGGCUUCUGAUGACAAGGAGUCUGUCAUGCUUACACCAAGGAAACAAGGGAAGGAAAAUUCUUUAAAUGGAAAUAAUGAAUCAAACUUGAAUUUGCAGAAACAAACACCAAAUUUUGAUAAAAAGAAGUUGAAGGAAAUGAAGCGUGAAGAAUUGAAAGAAAUAUGCAAUGAAAAUAAGGUUGAUGGUGCUAAAUUCUCGAAGAAGAGCAGUCCAACAAAAUCCAGCUUAGGAGAAAUUCCUAAGGAACAAACUGAAGCAAAUGGGAGGAAUGAUUCUCUUCCCUCAAAGAAAAAGGGGUCCAGAAAGGGAACCUCUAAGGAUGCUGCCUCCGAUGUUUGCAGUCCCAAGGAUGCUAGAGAAAAAAACAGUUUGUGUCAUGAGAAUGCCAAAGUAUCAGAUAUUAUGGAAGAGGAAGACAAGAGGUCCUCAAAGGAUGUUCCUUACCAUCUAAUUAAAGCUGAAGACAAAAAAGAAGAAAAAGAGUUGAAUUUUCACAAAUAUGCCAAGACAUCAAAAGAUGUGAAAAAUAACAAAACAAAGGUGCAUGACAAGCCACCAGCAAAGUCUCGGGAAAAUAAGAAAUGCUCUGUGAAUAUUCAGAACAAGGAAUUUGGUGCCAGUGUUCCUUUCCCUCCAGGUUCAAGGUUAACAACUGUAGCAGAUAUCGAACUGACCACAGAUGAUGUUGGUCAUGCACUGCAGUUUUUAGAAUUCUGUGCAGCUUUUGGAAAGGCUCUUAAUUUAAAGAAAGGGCAUGCUGAGUCUGUACUCAAAGACCUAAUGCGGGAGAGAAUUCAGAGAAGAAGGUGUCGAGUGCAUGAUUCACUCACUGUUCGAUUUCAUAUUCAACUCUUGUCACUGAUAUUGAAGGAUAUGGAUGAAGAAUCUGCAAUCCCUAGUCCCACAAAUGACAGAAGCUCAUGGUUGCUGGCUCUGAAGAAAUGCAUUUCUGCAUCCCCAUUUAAGUUGAAUGAUCUGAAACCAGAUUACUUUGAUGGAGGUGACAAUUGUUAUGAUGACUUAGGCUUCUCAAAAAAGCUCAGACUGUUGACUUACCUAUGUGAUGAGGCUCUCAAUACUACAAAAUUGAGAAGCUGGAUUGAACAACAAAAUAGUAAUUUUGUGGAGGAACAAAAGGAAGUUAAAGAAAAACUUGCAGCAUUGAAGGAUAAGGAGAAACAAGCUAAGCAAAAAUUGCGAGAUGAAUUGGCCAAAGCUCUAAUUGUAAAGAAUGGCGUUCCCCUUUCAAUUGCAGAGCAUGAUGCUAUUAUUUCACAAAUAAAAAAUGACGUAGCUGAAGCUCAAGCUGAGAGGCUUGUGGCUUUGGAAUUGGCAUCCAAGAGGAGAGAAAGAUCUUAUGCUACAAGGACAGCUCCUGUCAUGUUGGAUGUUAAUGGUCGUGUAUUUUGGAAAUUAAGAGGCUUUGCUUGUCAAGGGAAUAUUCUGCUGCAAGAUAUGGAAAGCUGGGGAUCAGUCAAUCCAAGCGAAAAGUGGUUGAUGUAUAAAGACGAGCAGAAACAAGAGAUAGAAAAAUACAUUUCUUCUUUAAGGUUUAAGAGGCGUAAGUUAGAGGAAAUAGUUCAGACACUUCCAGGUGGGGGUAGUGAGACAGCUUCAGCAUGUUGACGUUUGCCAUCUCUGAGCCAAAAGAGUAGUAGUCAUGUCAUUAAGCUUUAGUUUUGUGGAGCAAAUUGCCAAAACAAAUGAUUUAAAAGAUCUAUUUUCCAAUGUGCUUCUCUUCUGGAUGGGAAACCCAUAUCCCUUUAUUUUGUAACAUCUCAAGAGAAGCAUAAUUCACUGCUAUUUUAGCAGAGAGGAAAAAAAAGGGAAAAAGAAAAAGGAUAGCCUCAGCUGAUUGUAGCUGUGUUUUUCUACACUUGAAAAUGCUUCAUAGCAAUUCAGUUUUUCCAAACCAUGAUUUGUUAUUGGUUUUGGAGAUAUUUGAAGAGGGAAUCCUUUGUAGGACGACUGAUAUCCAAUGCAUUGUUUUGAACUUUGAUAUGUAAUUUCACAAAUGUUUUUAGAAUUUAUUACAGUAGACUCUUCAGCUCUUUCCUCAAA